AUGUACGAGAGUCAAGCAAGCCGUCGAUCCCUCGUGGUGGAACUCUUCAGGCGUGUAUCUCGCAUCAUGCCCCAUCUCUGGCCCUCCCAUUACCCAAAGCUACAAUUCAUUGCAUCAACGCAUUUCUUCCUCUUACACUCAGCGCACUCAUCACCACAUUCGACACACGCUUCCUCAGGCAGUCUUGCAGCCAUCUGUGACGCCCUCUGGAUCCCACUUAUGCAAUAUGGCGAUCGCAGCAUGUCGAUGCUCUCAUUCAACCUUGUCCUUGCCCUUUCUCUCAGCUGGCAUACAAAAUACAAGACUGGCGAGCUGCUGCGUAUCCUUGAUAGAGGAACCGCAAUAAACCGUGUUGGAGAGCUUAUUGGGUUCACGGUGGUCCCUGCACUUAUGGAUAUAUGUGUUGCACUCGUCGUGUUUGUCUUCAGGUUUGAACCUGUGUUGGGCGCUCUGGUUGGAGUCAUGAUAAGGAGUUAUAUCUGGGCGAGUGCCGUGCUUACAAGGUAUGGGACUAGGAUAUGGAGGCGAAUGAAUGAGCGGGAUGUGGUCAUGCGUGGGAUCCAUACGGAUUGUCUCCUCAAUUACGAGACUAUCAAGUAUUUCGGCGGGGAGGAAUAUGAGGCGCAGAGGUAUACAGGUGGGUAUCCUCUCUACUUCCCUCUCUCGAACUUGGGCGGCGUAUAUCGCACAAUCAACCAAAGCCUCAUUGACACCAAGAAACUGCUGCACCUCCUUAACGAGUCUAGUGAAGUUGUCGAUGAACCUGAUGCUAAGGAAUUGAUAGUCACGAACAGCGAAGUUGAAUUUGACAAUGUAUCCUUCUCCUAUGACCAUCAAACUUCCCGUGCGAAUCCCUAUCCAGGAGAAUUGGGGUUGUCCCAGUAUCAGUACAGUGUUGUGUGGGCAACUCCCAAUGCCAGGUCAGAGGACCAUGUCAGGCAUGCAUGGUUAGUGCAAGCAGCAGGCAAACAUGACGGAUGGCCAGAUAAGAACUUGUAG